GGCAGCAGCUACGUGAGCGCUUCAGCUACGACAACAUCCGACUUAUUCCAUCUGAAGGCAGCUAAACAAGUCGCGAAAUACUACCGUACGUAACUGACGCAGCAGCCAUCUAUGUCGAAGGCACGCAAGUUCGUCAUUGCAAGUCUCUUCAAUGGAGAGCCGAAAGUCGACGACUUCAGUAUCGAGAAAGAAGAACUACCAUCACUGAAGAAUGGGCAGAUAUUGUGCGAGGCGGAGUACAUCAGCGUCGACCCCUACCAGAGGGCGUACACGCAUAUGCACAAGGUUGGGUCUACCAUGAUCGGAUCACAGGUGGCGCGUAUCGUCGAGAGCCGUUCGCCGGAGUACCCAGUGGGACGUCACGUGGUCGCGUCACUAGGAUGGCGUGACAAAACAGUGAUGACCAUGGCGCCAACGGAUGACGACAUCCUGCCGCCGGUGCUGGUGCCAGACUACGGAGACCUGCCACUGUCGCUGGCGCUGGGAGUGCUGGGAAUGCCGGGAGCCACCGCCUACUUCGGACUGCUCGACAUCUGCCACCCCAAGCCUGGGGAGGUGGUGGUCGUCAGUGGCGCGGCGGGUGCCGUGGGCUCCAUAGUCGGGCAGAUAGCGCGCAUUAAGGGCUGCAAGGUCAUCGGAAUUGCGGGCUCCGACCUAAAGGUCAAGUGGCUGAAGGAGGAGCUAGGUUUCGACCACGCCUUCAACUAUAAGACGGUGAACGUGGAGAAGGCGCUGAAGGAGGCUGCUCCAGAUGGCGUCGACGUCUACUUCGACAACGUGGGAGGCGUACAGAGCAGAGCGGUGAUUGCCAACAUGAGGCAACGCGGCCGAAUCUCCGUGUGCGGCUGCAUCUCCACCUACAACUCCACCAAGGUAGCCAUGGUGCCCGAUGUCCAGAUACACGUGCUCGGGAAGGAACUCAAGAUGGAGGGCUUCAUUGUGACCCGGUGGCUGGGCCAGUGGGACAAGGCGUUUAAGGAGAUGGCACAGUGGAUCAAGGAGGGAAAACUCAAAUACAGGGAGACGGUCACAGAGGGCUUUGAGAACAUGCCAGACGCUUUCAUCGGUAUGCUCAGGGGCGAGAACCUGGGUAAAGCUGUCGUUAAAGUGUGACAUCACUUGUCCGUGUAACUGGAAUUCAAGAAUUGGAGCACUAUUUUAAGGAAACUGAGAGCAAUCGCUUCACCACAAUAAGCACAUAAUAUAGAUGGAAAGACAGUCGCCAGCUUGUAUUACCACUUUUGUAAAUAAGUAGCAUAAUCGACGUCGUCAGACCUCUGUAUCGGGAUUAAUUUGUAAUUUCUGUAUGGAAACAAAUGAUAACUUUGUAAUAA